AUGAUAUUUGAAAAAUGGGUUGAUUACAUUACAGCAAAAGCAAUCUCUUUGGUUACCACAAGUUAGCUAAUGACUCAAAAUGAUAUGCUCAAGUAUGAUAGAAUGUUUAUUUUAUGCGUAAUCUAUAAAAUUGAUUCUUGUUUCCAUCAAAAUCUCAGAUAGUAUGUAACCAAAAGGGAAGAGGGUGAUUAUGUAAAAUGA